UUUGUGUGUCGAUUUACUUCAUAGGUCUUUUCUUGUCACUGUCGCCCACACAUUGAGGAGUGUCAGAGACACCCUCAUCUGUCGAAUAAUGCAGCUCUUGCAGCCGACAACCGCGUUCGCGCGUGCUUACGAUCUGUCGCGGUGUUUGUUGUGUCGCAAGCUGCGAAUGGCAGCUGCCGGUCAAGUGACCGUAGCGAUGUCGCAACACCACGCUUCUAGUAAACAGUUGUCGCUUUGGGAAGGCGGUCUCUCUAAAACACGAUCCACGGAAUGCGCGACUGUUGCAGCGUACGUAAACGUUCACAAUUUCUCGGUUUGUAGGUCUUUCGUGACUCAUCGGAUCAUGGAAGGAGCGACGAUUCACUCUCUUCAGACCGAUCCCAAAGUUGUCGCGGAGAGAGAGAAGUUCCUGUCUCUCCCGCUGGCCGAGAAGAGGGCGUCGUACAAGUGUGGCAGCAAGUUCAUCAUCAUCGAAGACGUCGAUGACUGGCCAGCGUACAGCGCUGCUAAAAAAAUCUCGGGAGCUGGCUCCGGAAAAUACAAGGUCCGCCCCGACCUCAACUCCAAGGUUUCCAUCUUCGUCGGGGACAUCACGGCACUGGAAAUCGACGCCAUCGUGAAUGCCGCAAACAACCGUCUCCUUGGAGGGGGCGGCGUGGAUGGUGCCAUCCACAGUGCGGCAGGGCCCAAACUGAAGGAGGAAUGUGCAACGUUGAACGGUUGCCCGACCGGCGAAGCCAAGAUCACCGGCGGCUACAAGCUGCCUGCCAAAUAUGUCAUUCACACUGUCGGUCCAGUCGGUGAGAAUGAGGCCAAGCUGCACAGCUGCUACCUGACCUGCCUCGAGACCCUCAAGGCCCAUAAGCUGCGCACAGUGGCAUUUCCUUGCAUCUCAACCGGCGUCUACGGUUAUCCGAAUGAGAAGGCAGCCCACGUGGCACUGUCCACGGCACGCGAGUGGCUCGAGGCUGACGAAAACGCGCACAAGGUGGACAGAAUCAUCUUCUGCCUGUUUCUUGCUGUGGAUGUCAGGUUGUACGAGAAGCUACUCCCCGUGUACUUUCCCCUGGAAGAGUAGAAGACUCGACGCACUACAGGCUACCGUGUUGCUUUAGGUUUUUCUCUAUUUUCAUGUGUGUGUAAUUUCGCUCUUUCAGUGCCUGUGUAUUCGGGAAGACUCGGUUAAAUAAACUGCCAAGGGUGGGGAUGCAGGGACGUCCCUCGGUCUUCACUACCCCUUAAUUUAAAGGACCCCUGACAGCGAAAUUUUUGUUUGUGAUUUUUUUACUGUAAUUUGUAGCUUUGUGUCUGGUAAUCCCAAAAUUGAAUCGUAAAUGCUGUAACCUAUUGUAUAAUAAAUGCCAGCGUCGUUAA